ACUUUGAAUUUUUGCCGAGUGACUUCUUCCGGGGCUUUGUUUGUUGUGGAAAAUUGUGUACCUCCAAAAAUAGGGAGUGUUUUUUAUUUGGCGUUCGUCACUAUAUUUAAGGCUUGACUAGUUAGCGAAUUAAAUAAAUGCCGUUAUUCUGUGCGUGAUUGUGUGUUGUGUUGUUACAUUUUUAGUUGUAAAGCAAACGCACUUAGCAGUGCGUGUGUGUGUGGGCGGAGGAAAAUAAUGGAAAAGGGGGCGGGGCAGCGGAAAGUGGGCGCAGCAAUUACGAGAGAACUGCCAAAAAGGAACAAGGAACAAGGAAGAGGAAGCAAAGGCAAAAGCAGAGCGAACUUUUAAUCAAUAGAUAUACAAACGCACGCGCAGCCGCGUUACCGUUACUCGCACUCGCGAGAGUUGUUGUUGUUUCACUGGACGAAACGAAGCAGAAAGAGGAAGACAAGUGAACAAAAUUGCUAUUGCGCUGGGCAGCAUCGUUCGUUCUCAAUCAAAAUCAAGUAAAAUUAAUUAAAAAAGCAGCCGCGGUCGCAAAUCGCUCAGUGGAAAUCGGUUGGCAAAAUUGCACGGCAAUUUGGAUUCGGUGUCAAGAGGUUAGGAAACUCAGGCCCGUGAGCACGUAGCAGGAAAACCCAGCAGUAACGAGGGAAAGGAAAGCCGCCAGGAGCAACUAAACAAAGGACAGGAAGAGCAGGCACAUAGUCCAGUAGGGGAAAAGCCAAGGAACGCAGGCCAGGAUGGGCGACUAUCACGAGUUCACGGACCAGUACAAGGUGCCGGUGAUAGCGAAGCUACUGCACGCCCUACCCCAUUAUAACAUCACGUUUCACAAGAUCAACAGCACGUUCCGGCCCAACGAUGAGAUCUACUUGGAGAGCCUGGGCAUUUUGGGCUCAGUUCCGGCUGCCCUGCUGAUCGUCUCGCUGCUGGGACUGCUCUUCUAUCUGAUGACGCGCUGCUGCGACCGGAAACCUCGGCCAGCCCACUCGAUCACCAGCUUGAAGGUGGCCCUGUCCAUCGUUACGGUCAUGUGCUGCGCGGCGAUUGGACUGGGAUUGUAUGGCAACGAUGAUCUGCACAACGGACUGCUGGAUGUGCUGACGGCGGGCAGAAAGGUGGACAAUCUGGUGACCACCAUCCGGAAUCAGACGCACAUCCUGGAGAACACGCUGACGAAUCGCAUACGGCCGCAAUUGGUGGAAUUGGCUGACAUCUUUGACCAGCCGGUGUCGAAUCAAACGGCGCUCUCAAAGCUUUUUGUAUCGCUAAACAUUGUCCAGGGGAAUGUUACGUUGGCCACAAACGCAGCCAGCGAUAUCCGGCGACCACUGAUGGGCAUUUCCAUGACGCACUUUUUGACGCGCGGCGAUCAAUGGGAACUGAUUCGAUGGCCGGGCACAGUGGCCACUUUGGCAUUGCUACUUGUCCUGUGCGCCGUGCUGCUGGUGGGCGUGGCCCGGCACUCACGCUGCGCCCUAAUCCUGUUCAGCGUCUGCGGCCUGCUGGCCGUCACCGGUUCCUGGCUGAUGUCCGGUCUGUAUCUCUCCUCCUCGGUGGCUGUCGGUGAUCUGUGCAUCUCGCCAGCCGAUUUUCUGGUGUCCACGGCACCCAGGGACCUGCCCACGAAUGUCCUGCUGCACUACACCCAAUGCGAACCGGGGCACACGAAUCCGUUUACGCAGCGCUUGAGGGAAUCACAGAAUUCUUUGAAUAACGCCCGCAGUGCCAUGGCCACGGUAAUGAAGAUAUCGCUGGUGCUCUUUAAAUCGUCCGGCUUGCAGCCGAAAUUGGGUGCUGUGAAUGCGGAUCUGAACAGUAGUGAACGGCUAUUGACCCAGCUGACGGCACUCGUGGACUGCAAGGCAGUGCAUCAUAAUUUUCUGGUCGCCGCUCGGGGACUUUGCGAGGGUGGCCUACUGGGAUUGGUCCUGAUGCUGAUAGCCAGCUUUAUUGCGGCCAUUUUGCUAACGAUUAUGGUUUGGGUGGACUCGCACACAUGGAUCUAUAUACGAAAGCGGAAUGACUAUGCCCAGGUGGAUGAGCCAUCGUAUAUUUCGCAUCCGGCACCGCAGAAUCACCAGCAGAUGAUGAACGCCGCCAGGACAUUGCCGCGAAAUCACAAUGGGCACUUCAGUCCGCCGGUGAUCAGUGGCUCCCACACGCUCCAGCAUCCCAGCAAGCGCCAGCAGCACGAGAUGAUGGCCCACGCCCACAUUCAGCAGAACAUGCGCGCCAUGGGCACCCACACGCUGGGCCGGCUGCCGUCGCACAACCACAGCCCCACCCACAUGACCGGUCCCAAUAAUGCAGCAGCAGUCGCAGCAGCAGCAAACGCCGCCGCCAACAUGCCGCCGACCACGCAGGCCGCCCAACAACAGCAACAGCAGCAGCAACAGCAGCAGCAGGCACAACAACAGCAGCAACAGCAACAGCAACAGCAGCAGCAGCAGCAGGCACAGCAGCAAUUGGGAGGACCACAGCCCAUCUAUUGCCAUCAUCCGCACCAGCAUCCGCACCCACAUCCGCACCAGCAUCCGCAUUCGCAUUCAGCCGCCGCCGUGGCCGCUGCAGUGCAGCACCAGCACGCGAUCUACCAUCAGCAGCAGCAGCAGGCGGCCCAGCAAUAUGGCACCUAUACGACAGCGGCCCACCAUGGACCGCAUCAUUUGGGGCCGGGCCAGAGCCAGAUUUACCAACAGAUCCCUGCUCAUUUGGCGCCGCAAUUGGCUGCCAAUGGGAAUCCACAUUCCAUAUACCAGCCGCUAGUUGCCGUCAGCCAGGGCUCCAUAUAUGUAUCGAAUUUGGCCACAAUGCGGCGACAGAAUAGCCAGGGUGGACCGCAAAUUCCGGCACAUCAGCAUCCACCCAGCUUGCAUCAGCAGCAGCAGCAGCAGCAGCCACCGCCGCCAUCGCAGCAGCAGCAACAGUUGCAUCAGCUCAAGUCACCGCAGCAACAUCAGCAGCAACAAUUGCAGCAGCAGCAGCAACACCACCAGCAGCAGCAUCAGCAACAGCAACAGCACCAGCAGCAGCAGCAGCAGCAACAUCACCAGCAGCAGCAAAAUGAAUCGGAUGUCAUACCCAUUAGCACGGCCAUGGAUAGCGCCAUUUAUGAUCGGGACAAGCAGAUCUACAAGUGCUCCACAUUGCGGCAGGGCGGCAAGUUUGAUCCCAAGUACAAGCCAUCGAUACUCAAUUGCCCGCUGCCGGAGAUACCCAAGGAUGCGGAGCAGCCCAAGGUGGAGUCCAUCUACGAGCAGCGCCAGCAGGCCCACCACCAAAACUACUCCAAGACCCUGCAGCGUCCGCCAAUGAAAUUGCCGCCGCAGAUGAAGGCGAUUCCGCCGCCGCGCAUUGGCACGCCCACUUCGCCGCCCCCGCCCGCCGGUCAGCCGCUGGGCGAGGCCAACGGUGGAGUACCGUCUGGCCUCCAGAAUGGAGGAGGAGGCGGCGGCGGAGGAGUAGGAGGAUUGGGCGGCGGAAACGCCAUUGAGGACACAUCGCUGCCGCCGCCGCCGCUGGAGGCGCAAACGGAGGCGACAAAGGGACGAAUGGGACCGGCGGCCAAUGGCAAGGUCAUGCACAAUGGCGGAGUAGGCGGUGGGGGCGUGGCCGGUGUGGGCGGAGGAACGGUGGACGACGAUGAUGACCUGCCGCCGCCACCGCCAGCGAUAACCGACGAAAGCAACUAUGCGGUGACGGAGCUGUAAGAUGUGGAUAGUGGAUGAUGGAUGAUGGAUGAUGGAUGAUGGAUGAUGUAUGAUGAUAUAUAAUGGAUAGCUAAAGCCAGAGAAAACCAGUGAAAACCAGAGAGAACCAUAGAAAAGUCAGGCAAAGAAAUACAGAACAGGAAUUGGUCAGGAUUGACUUGGGAUUGGGGCCGUCUUCCUAGAAUUCGUGUAGGAUAGAUAUACAUAUAUAUAUCGUGGGACGAGGGAAUGGGACUAAGGAUUACUGGAGCGGCGAGUGUGUUCCUUCUUGAUUUGUUGCAUUUAACGUAUCGUAUCGUAUCGUAUCGUAAUCGUAUCCUAGAACGGAAUCCUGCUUUUCGACUUUUGUACAUACUAUACACACACACACACACACACACACACACACACACACACAGAA